UGCUCUAACUGAGAAUGGGGGAAUUACUAAUGAAUCAACCAGGAGAGGAGAAACGAUCUUUUGUAUGAAGAGUGCUGCAGUUUCUGGAUUAUUAUUGGAGAAUUCAGAAAAGCUAAACCUGGGAAACAUUCUCUCUUCUACAGUCCAACUUAUCUAAACAGUGAUCUUCAGCUAAAAAGCAUAUGAGGAACCCACCUGGUACAAAACUUCCAGUACUGAAGCACAUCACAAACAUUGGCUUGUUGAAGAAGUAAGAAUUCCUGGGAAGUACUUUGUCCAAAAGAUGGCUUCCAAGAGACUCAGACAGAUAUUUUUUUUGACAACCAUACUGGUCUUUGCUGGGUUAUACUUUUUGAUCAAGUGGACUUCAGUUGGAGAAUGCAUCUUCUGUCAGACCAAAACUGAGGACAUAUUUUUAAAACAAGGCAAUGGACAAUUUUUAUUGGUACCUCAUUCAGACUGUAGCCAGAUCCCUCCAUUUCUGGUCAUUCUUGUAACUUCCUCUCCUACUGAUUUAAAAGUUCGUGUAAUAAUCCGUGAGACCUGGGGCAAAAAAAGAUUAAUAGCAAAUAAAUUGAUUGUAACCUAUUUUCUUUUGGGAAUUACCUUGAAUCCCGAAGAACAAGUUGCUGUGAUUAAUGAGAGUCUGAAAUAUGGAGAUAUUAUCCAGAAAAGUUUUGUAGAUACCUAUUAUAAUUUAACAUUAAAAACUAUGAUGGGCAUUGAAUGGAUUCACAAAUUCUGUUCACAGUCUAGCUUUGUAAUGAAAGCAGACUCAGAUGUGUUUGUAAAUACCUACUAUCUGACUGAACUCCUUCUAAAAAAAAUCCAGAAAACCAGAUUUUUCACUGGCUUUUUAAAACAAAAUGACCAUCCAAUACGGGAAAUAUCCAGUAAGUGGUAUAUGAGUAAAAAUGAAUAUCCAAGAAAUGUGUACCCUCCUUUUUGUUCAGGGACUGGCUAUGUUUUCUCAACAGAUGUUGCUAGUCUGGUGUAUAGAAUUUCUGACAAUAUUACCUUUGUUAAGCUGGAGGAUGUAUUCAUUGGCUUGUGCCUUGCUGAACUUGGUAUCAAACCGGAAAACCUCCAUUCUAAGCAAACCUUCUUCCCUGAAAGGCUUAAAUUUUCACCUUGCCGCUUUAAGCAAAUAGUAACCAGCCAUUUUGUGAAACCUCAUGAGCUGAUGAUCUAUUGGAAUGCACUGGAGAAAUCCAUGGAUGAAAACUGCCCUGAUGGCUGAAAUCCUCCUGAACUGGGGGCAGAUGGCUUUGAUGAGGAAAUGUGUCAAAAUUAUCUUCAACUAGGCCACCAGUAGGCAAAAAUCUGAAAUACUCAAACUGUUUUUUAGAGAUUUCAUAGUUCAUUUAGCCUGAUGUUUCCCAGUCUCUGAAAAUGUAGAAUGUGUGGACUUUAAUUCUUAGAAUGCUUAGCAAUGGCUAUGCUGGCUAGGGAUUUCUGGGAACUGAAGACCACCCAUCUUAAAGUUGCAAAUUUGGGAAACAUUGAUUUAGCUAAAAGAGUUUUGACUACACUAUUUUACACACCAAUCCUGUGUGCGUUGGCUAAGAAGCAAGUCUUAUUUAAUUGGCUUAUUCCCUAAUUAAAUUGCAUAAUGUAUGCCUUUGAGGUUGCAAAUUGAAAAUCUCGUUUCCUCUAAUGACAUUGCCCUUUUGAAUUUAUCAACAUUUUGUUAUUUUUAUCAACAAAUAUUUUCCACCACUGUUACUAAUGAUGUUAUGUAAUGGUAUGUGGGAAGGAUCUUGGGAGAGAGGGCAAGGAGAUGCUGUCUAGGGAAUGAUCAGAUAAGAGACAUCAUGAUCUACAGUGAUAAGGAGGGGUAACAGGCUCAGAAGAGACCCUUCCUAAUUUCUUCGAGGGUAAAGAAGGUGGGAAGAGAACUGUACUUUCAAACUUGCAAGAUUCUGUUAAUGUAGUAGAAUUAAUUCUGUUAAUAAAGUAGAAUUAGUUGAUCUGUUUACUUUGUAUGGUAAGGCUGAUAUAUUAACACCAAUCCAGGAUACUGUAAAGUUCCCAUUUAGUAAUAUAUGUUAACUGCAUUUGUAGUUAUUUUAUACAGGUAGUCCUCGACUUACAACAGUUCAUUUAGUGACUGUUCCAAGUUACAGCAGCAUUGAAAUAUUACUUAAGACCAUUUUUCACACAACUGUUGUAGCAACACCAUAGUCAUGUGAUCAAAAUUCAAACGCUUGACAACUGACUCAUAUUUAUGACCAUUACUGUGUCACUUUUUGCGACCCUCUGACAAAGUCGGUGGGGAAGCCAGAGUCACUUAACAAACAUGUUAUUAACUUAACAAUUGCAGUGGUUCACUUAACAAUUGUGGGCAAGAAAGGUUCAGUUAACAAAAUGUCUCACUUAGCAAGAGAAAUUUAGGUUCCAAUUAUGGUUGUAAGUCAAGGACUACCUGUAUUUAUUUGAUAUAAAUAAUAUUCGAACAUUUACUGGAUAAUCAUUCUAAGUCAAGGGUGAAAUCCAAGGUUUUCCAGGGAUAAAAGUUUCUAUUAGCAGAAUCAGGAAGGAGAAGGUAUUGCUUUCUCCUGAAGCCUGUCCCUGCCUGCCAUGUAUAAGACUUCUCUGGAGGAUGGGAGAAAAGUUCCAGCAGUGGAAAGCAACCUAGGGAGCUGUUAGGCAAUAAGAAGAGAAGAAUGCUUCCUCUAAGGAUUGGGACAGGGUCGAGGACUGUAUCAACUGGAUAUAAUGGAGAGGGUUGGUUGGGGUAUUAGUUUUUUGGUUUCAAAUCUGAUAAUGUUUUUAUUACUAUUGCUGUUGCUAUUGCGAGUCGUCUAGAGCAGUGGUUCUCAACCUGUGGGUCGGGACCCCAUUUGGGGUCAAACGACCAUUUCACGGGGGUCGCCAAACCACGCUGUCCGCCAUUUUUUCCC